AUGCCGCCGGGCACAGAAACACUCUGCUCCGGCUGCAACCUGCCGGGGCUGGCCGCCGUCUACAUGUGCUGGCAGUGCCAAUUCUUCCUCCAUGAACAGUGCUUUCAAGCCGCCCGCUCCCUCAUCAACCACCCAUCUCACCCUUCUCACCCUCUCGCCCUUGUCCCCUACCCAACCUACCCCUCCGCUACCUUCUACUGCAACUCCUGCACCCACCCCGGUGCCGGCUUCUCCUACACCUGCCCUGCCUGUGACUUCGACCUCCAUCUCCACUGCGCCGCCGCCGCCGCCGCAGCCCAGUUGCCUUAUCCUAACGAUCAGUCCAACCAAACGCCUCAUUUCAGUCCCCAGUAUGCUCAUAAUUCGCCUGAUUUAUUCUCGACGCAUCAACCUGCUCUUGGUAGUACGCCGAGCAGUAGCGGGGUAGGUAGUGGCGGUGGUGCACCGCCGCGGGUUGAGGUGUUGUCAAGCGGCGGCAAGAAGCCGCCGCAGCCGCAGGGCGUGAAACAUUUCAGCCACCAACAUCCCUUGAAUUUCUGUGAAGUGAAAGAAGGUGAUAAGAUUGCUUGCUCCGGCUGUGAGAAACCGAUUUGGGGUUCAGCUUAUAGUUGCGGGCAAACCAGGUGCAAGUUCAACCUCCACAACCAGUGCUUCGGGUUGCCCAGAGAGCUCCAACACAAAUCCCAUCCCGACCACCCUCUCGCCCUUCUCACCUCUCCCCCGUACAAACCCAACGGCACCGGCAUCCCCUCCUUCUCCUGCGACGCCUGUCUCUCCGCCGGCUCCGCCUUCCUCUACCACUGCUCCGCCUGCAACUUCGACCUCCACGUCGACUGCGCUUUCAUGCCAGAAACCGCCAAGACCCAGAAUCACGACCACCGGCUCAGCCUCAUCUACGCCCUGCCGGACUUCAAGGAGCAGGAGGGACUGGUCCCCACCUGCGAUGUCUGCCUCGGCAAAGUCGACCUUCAGCGCAGCUGGUUCUACUGCUGCCAGGAAUGCGAUUAUGGAACUCAUUUGGAGUGUCUCAACGGCAAAGCGGCGGGGCCCAGAGAAGAGGAGUCGGAGCAAGAUUUGCUUGCGGCGGCUGUGCUUCAGUUACAGAUGCUUCAGCUUCAGUCGCAAUUGAAUGCACUUAGCAAACAGGGUGGCAGCCUCAAAUAUUAACUAUAUAAGUUGCAAAUUAACUUGCGUUUAAUUUCCUACAGCCGGGAGGAGAAAGUCACCAGAAAUAUGAAUGCCAGCUGAAUAAUGGAAAUUAUGGAAUGAUUUGUCUAGCUAGGUUUUAAGAGUUUAUUAUGUCACUUCUGUGUUUAAUUUCCUUUCUGUUGUAAAUUCUGUUUUCUUUCAAUUAAUUUCUUCCUCUUUUACUUUUCUCUUCGUGCGUGUUAUAUAUAUUUUGUUUU